AGAAACGGAAUUAGUUUUUCAUUCCGUUCAUUCAUCGCACGUUUGUAAUCAUUCCUCAGCUAUUCUCAAGAAAAGUGACAACCAUAAAGUGACAUUGUAAUGACGAGGUUGCGUGAUACUAUCGACCGUACACCAGAAUAUGUCAACUUUAUGAGCGAGUUAAAACAAUUCCAUGCUGAAAAAGGGUAUGUUCAUGCAUACUAUAAGCGAUAUAAAAAUACAUAUUAGCUAUACUCAACUUCACUUUGUAUACAGUACAACCCUUCAAGCAGAACCUGUAUUAGGAGGAAAGAGAUUAGAUUUGUACAAGAUAUACCAGUCUGUAGUUAAUGCUGGGGGCUUCGAAGAAGUGACGAAAAAUAGAGGUUGGAAGCAGAUUGGUGAUAUAUUCAAAUUUCCGUCCACUUGUACAAACAGCGCCUAUAUAUUGAAAGGCGUCUACAUUCGUAAUUUACUGGGUUGGGAAGAAGAAAAGCUAUGGAAAAGAAAAUGGGAACCUCCAAAGGAGUUGCUAGGUCCUAACGCUCACAAACCUUCUAAUCUAGCCGGAAAAGCAUUCAGAUCGGCCAUAAAAAAAACAACACCGGCCAUAACGAAUAAUAAACCGACUGCAUCAAAAUCGAAAACCAAAGCGCAAAAGUCUCUAACUAACGUUAGUGUGGCAGCAGCAGCAGCAACAGCAGCUUUACUUAAUCCUCUCAAAUCUCUUCAACAAACACUCGACAAUCCAUUAUUAUGGAAUUUGACAAUAAAUGAUACGAUCACUACAGACAUUACGUCCGAUACUACGACUACAUUAUUACCACAACAGCAACAGCAGCCAGCACAACUGACACCACUACAGAUUGUAGAACAACAGUUGAACAAUUUGGUCCCAGACAAGGACCGCAUCGUGUUCACCUUGCAAUUUGGUCAAAAAAGUGAUAUUGAUGCUGCUUUGAAUCAAUUAGUAGCAAUGUCAUUCGAUAGUCCAGAGAAACUUGAUCUCAACGUCUCGCCACUUCUUUUACAGUCAUUAGUAUCACUCGCUCAGCCUUGUCUGCUAAACAUUGCUGUUACAAAUGCUUUACCUACUACUGCACGAGAUACUUUGAAUAAUAUGCUGCUAAGUGACAAUAUGGAUGUACAUUUAAAUAGUCCUGUAACUGCACCCAGUACGGACAAUAACGAUAUAUUGUCGUCAUCAGCUACCGUCCCAGGCAUAUUACAAUCCGAAAAUCUGGGUUCUAUCAACAUGGCUAUUCGUAUACUCCAUAUUUUACGCAAUUUCUCUCUUGUUUCCUCUUAUGCAUUAACACUCGCACAAUUCAAACCUGCUGUUGAACUUCUUGUACAAGCUCUUCAAACGGCUAUGAGCACGGGCCAAGUAGAAUUAGGUAGACAUUCGAUUGAUGCAUUAGAAAACAUGGCAGCUUAUAUUGAAUUCAGUUCUCCAACUGACCCAUGCUUGCAGUGUGUCUAUACACUCAUUGCCGCUCAUGAUCGCUAUUUGGUAAUCGGUGCCAUUCGUACUUUAACUUGGUUUACUAUGAAUAAGAAAAAUGCAGCUUUCUUAGCAUCAAAUUUUAGUCCCGUGAUAGCGCGGAUUGAACAAAUGUUGUUAUCAAAUGAUGAGGAACUUGUAGGCACUUCGUUAGAAUAUAUUUAUCAGUAUACCAAACUCUCAACGCAUUGUCGACUUCAAUUCCUCAGCACACCUUAUGCAGCUGCCUAUAUUGGCUUAUUUGUGUCUUUAUUACUGACGAAGUCAAAAUAUUUCAACACUCGGUUUAUUGAAGAGAAUCAUCCAUCUUCUACAACUACCAUCGAUACAUGUGUAUCAGUAACGCAUACGGCGCAACAGCAGCAGCAGCAACAUAAACAAACUCAACAGGUUGCUGCUUUCCAGAUACCUGAUCUAACUGUGUACCACAAUUUAGACGAACCUUACCGUUGCUUGGGAUGGUUGAAGGACAAGUUUGAGUUUGGGGAUAAACAUAGCGUACUGUCCCUGGAUGACAUGUAUCUACUAUACGAAGCUCGAUUUGGACUGGAAAAAGCUUUAAAAAUGAGAGAUUUUUAUACAGUAAUGAAGAUUGCGUUUCCAAAAUCAUCGUCUGCUGCUGCUGCAGUUAGUCCUUUAUUAGGCCCCUCUCGUAGUUCUGUACCGGUGGUAGAAGGAUUGAAUAUCUAUGGCCUUCAAAUUAAGACGAAUAUCCUUCAAGAUCGGCCUCAAGUUGCUUGUAAAUGGGCUCAAUGCUCUCUACUAUUUGACGAUACAUUCACUCUACAACGACAUGUAUUACAUGAUCAUAUGGUACCCAUCGAAAUCGAUAUUAUCACCAAUAAUAAUGACAAUAAAGAUGAGAACAACAAAUCAGCAAGCACCACGAAGAAAAACUGCUAUGUUUGUAGUUGGUCACAUUGUCAUUUAACAGAACAACAUAUUUAUUACGAAAGCAAAAACGACUUUAUCUCGCAUCUGCGUACUCAUUUUUACAAUCAAGUGGGAGAGAGUUGUUGUAACAGUCCCAUACAGAGUCCUGUGCCAUCACUCGCUUCAUCACCUUCGUCACCCACAUCCAAUGUAUCCUCAUCCUCAAGUAAUACUACACCAAAUGUGUCAGAAAGUAAUAGCAGUAUUAAGUCCAACAGUAUAGAGGCUGAUUACUCUGAAAUUCAAGGCAUUGCACUCGCUGCGGCUCAUUUAUUGCAAUGGCUUUCUGAAGAAACACAAAAGUCGCAUUAUUUUAUUCCCUUUGAAAAGACCUUAAAAGAUAUUGCUGAGCAAAGGCCCAAGCUGGCUUCUCGUAUUCAGGUGAUUUGCUCAAAUUACAAAAGUACUUCUUCGAAACCUGCAGCAACAUCAACAACAUCAACUAUCGUAGAUUGUAACACUAGUAAUUUUAUCACAGAAGCACCCAUACAUCAUAUAAAUACUCCCUGUAAUAACAAUAUAAACUCCUCAUAACCCGAGACAAAGUCUCUACUUUGCAAAUUGUAGAUAGUAUAGCACAACAUCACACUAAAUACUUCAUUAGUUCAUCGUUAAUAAAUGAAACAGAAUCAUGUACUUCCUGUUCUUCGAAUUGAACCCUUGGGCUGCUACUGUUAUUAUUCUUAUUCAGUCAACUGUACUGUAUUUUCUGUCAGUCUUGGCAG